CUUGGAGCUGAAGCCUCUCUGUUGCAGCCAUCUUCUUAGAGCCACAAACUGUGGUUCAUGAGAUAGUGUCACUGGAGAGGUAACAAAUAGCACAAGUAGGCUGUUAUUGUUACGAAAGCCAGGAAGUAGACUGAUGCGUGUCAACCUCAGUGGUUUGAAGCCAGUUCUGUGACAGUACUGUACGACACGUCAAGAGUACCCCCACUCUAAAGUAUGCCACAAGUUGCACUGGUGACUGGUUCCAAUAAGGGGAUUGGAUUUGCAAUUGUGCGGUCGCUUUGCAAGCAAUUCAAUGGUGAUGUUUUCCUCAGUGGCCGGGAUGCUGGCCGUGGCACAGCGGCUGUGGAGAGCCUGAAUUCUGAAGGGCUGAAACCCCUCUUCCAACAGCUUGACAUCGACAACCCAGAAAGUGUGCGGUCGGCCCGAGAUUUCUUCAAUGAGAAAUACGGUGGCCUUGAUGUGCUCAUUAACAAUGCUGGGAUUGCCUUUAAAAAUGCUGAUACUACACCCUUUGGAACCCAAGCUGAGGUGACUCUCAAAACGAACUUCUUUGCCACAAGAGACAUGUGCAAUGAGUUUCUUCCCAUCAUCAAACCAGGAGGGAGGGUGGUGAACGUGUCUAGUGUUAUGAGCUCCAUCGCCCUGAACCGCUGCAGCCCUGAACUCCAGGCCCGGUUCCGCAGUAAUGACAUCACAGAGGAGGAGCUGGUGGGGCUGAUGGAGAGGUUUGUCCAGGAGGCCCAGGCAGGGGCGCACUCCCAGGGGGGCUGGCCCGACACAGCCUACGGGGUGUCCAAAACAGGCCUCACCGUGCUCUCCAGGAUCCACGCCCGCAAGCUGAGGCAUGAGAGACCAGCUGACCAGAUCCUUCUGAAUGCGUGCUGCCCGGGCUGGGUGAGGACCGAUAUGGCUGGGCCCACCGCCACCAAGUCACCUGACGAGGGCGCCAUCACCCCAGUUUACCUGGCCCUGCUUCCUGCGGGGGCUGGGGAGCCGCAGGGACAGUUUGUGAUGGACAAGAAGGUCCAUCCGUGGUGAGGAUUAGGUUAUCGAGUAAUGUGUGUAUUCUGGAGGGGUUUAGAGUCUGGUUCUUAUCUGUGGGAAUGUGGGUUAAAUGCACUGUAUAUAUUGGAAAGGACAACAUCACAUGAAAAUGCAGGAAUGUUGAUUUUUGGUAACACAUGUGUAAACCCAGGUGUGUGUUUGUUGUUUAUCCAAUCUCACUCUAAUAGUGUUUUUCAGGUCAAUGGAAUUAACCAUGUUUUUAGCACCUACAUAUGAUAUUGUAUUCAACAUUUUACAAACAACUUAAUUUCACAAUCAGGUGGGCUCUGUUUAGCAAAAAAAAAUGUUUUGCAUGUUUUGGCAUUAAUGUGUCACAUAUCAGUUUGCAAACAAUGUAAUUUCAUAAUUUAGUUCAUAAAGCUGCAUACAAACUU